GGAAGGUAGUCUGGUGGAAGGUAGUCUGGUGGAAGGUAGUCUGGUGGAAGGCAGUCUGGUGGAAGGUAGUCUGGUGGAUGGUAGUCUGGUGGAAGGUAGUCUGGUGGAAGGCAGUCUGGUGGAUGGUAGUCUGGUGGAAGGUAGUCUGGUGGAAGGUAGUCUGGUGGACGGUAAGUCUGGUGGACAGUAGUCUGGUGGAAGGUAGUCUGGUGGAAUGUAGUCUGGUGGAAGGUAGUCUGGUGGACGCUAGUCUGGUGGAAGGUAGUCUGGUGGAAGGUAGUCUGGUGGACGGUAGUCUGGUGGAAGGUAGUCUGGUGGAAGGUAGUCUGGUGGAAGGUAGUCUGGUGGAUGGUAGUCUGGUGGAAGGUAGUCUGGUGGAAGGCAGGCUGGUGGAAGGCAGUCUGGUGGAAGGCAGUCUGGUGGAAGGCAGUCUGGUGGAAGGCAGUCUGGUGGAAGGUAGUCUGGUGGAAGGUAGUCUGGUGGACGGUAGUCUGGUGGAAGGUAGUCUGGUGGAUGGUAGUCUGGUGGAAGGUAGUCUGGUGGAUGGUAGUCUGGUGGAAGGUAGUCUGGUGGAUGGUAGUCUGGUGGAAGGCAGUCUGGUGGAAGGCAGUCUGGUGGAAGGUAGUCUGGUGGAAGGCAGUCUGGUGGAAGGUAGUCUUGUUCGAAGGCAGUCUGGUGGAAGGCAGUCUGGUGGAAGGUAGUCUGGUAGAAGGCAGUCUGGUGGAAGGCAGUCUGGUGGAAGGUAGUCUGGUGGAAGGUAGUCUGGUGGAUGGUAGUCUGGUGGAAGGUAGUCUGGUGGAUGGUAGUCUGGUGGAAGGUAGUCUGGUGGACGGUAGUCUGGUGGAAGGCAGUCUGGUGGACGGCAGUCUGGUGGAAGGUAGUCUGGUGGAAGGCAGUCUGGUGGAAGGUAGUCUGGUGGACGGUAGUCUGGUGGACGGUAGUCUGGUGGAAGGUAGUCUGGUGGAAGGUAGUCUGGUGGAAGGCAGGCUGGUGGACGGCAGUCUGGUGGAAGGUAGUCUGGUGGAAGGUAGUCUGGUGGAAGGUAGUCUGGUGGAAGGCAGUUUGGUGGACGGCAGUCUGGUGGAAGGUAGUCUGGUGGAAGGUAGUCUGGUGGAAGGUAGUCUGGUGGACGGUAGUCUGGUGGAAGGUAGUCUGGUGGAAGGUAGUCUGGUGGACGGUAGUCUGGUGGACGGUAGUCUGGUGGAAGGUAGUCUGGUGGAAGGUAGUCUGGUGGACGGUAGUCUGGUGGAAGGUAGUCUGGUGGACGGUAGUCUGGUGGAAGGUAGUCUGGUGGAAGGUAGUCUGGUGGAAGGUAGUCUGGUGGAAGGUAGUCUGGUGGACGGUAGUCUGGUGGAAGGUAGUCUGGUGGACGGUAGUCUGGUGGACGGUAGUCUGGUGGAAGGUAGUCUGGUGGACGGUAGUCUGGUGGAAGGUAGUCUGGUGGAAGGCAGUCUGGUGGAAGGUAGUCUGGUGGAAGGUAGUCUGGUGGACGGUAGUCUGGUGGAAGGUAGUCUGGUGGAAGGUAGUCUGGUGGACGGCAGUCUGGUGGAAGGUAGUCUGGUGGACGGCAGUCUGGUGGAAGGCAGUCUGGUGGACGGCAGUCUGGUGGACGGCAGUCUGGUGGAAGGUAGUCUGGUGGAUGGUAGUCUGGUGGAAGGUAGUCUGGUGGAAGGUAGUCUGGUGGAAGGUAGUCUGGUGGAAGGUAGUCUGGUGGACGGUAGUCUGGUGGAAGGUAGUCUGGUGGAAGGUAGUCUGGUGGACGGUAGUCUGGUGGACGGUAGUCUGGUGGAAGGUAGUCUGGUGGAAGGUAGUCUGGUGGAAGGUAGUCUGGUGGAAGGUAGUCUGGUGGAAGGUAGUCUGGUGGAUGGUAGUCUGGUGGAAGGUAGUCUGGUGGACGGUAGUCUGGUGGACGGUAGUCUGGUGGAAGGUAGUCUGGUGGAAGGUAGUCUGGUGGACGGUAGUCUGGUGGAAGGUAGUCUGGUGGACGGUAGUCUGGUGGAAGGUAGUCUGGUGGAAGGUAGUCUGGUGGAAGGUAGUCUGGUGGACGGUAGUCUGGUGGAAGGUAGUCUGGUGGACGGUAGUCUGGUGGACGGUAGUCUGGUGGAAGGUAGUCUGGUGGACGGUAGUCUGGUGGAAGGUAGUCUGGUGGAAGGCAGUCUGGUGGAAGGUAGUCUGGUGGAAGGUAGUCUGGUGGACGGUAGUCUGGUGGAAGGUAGUCUGGUGGAAGGUAGUCUGGUGGAAGGUAGUCUGGUGGACGGUAGUCUGGUGGAAGGUAGUCUGGUGGAUGGCAGUCUGGUGGAAGGUAGUCUGGUGGAAGGUAGUCUGGUGGAAGGUAGUCUGGUGGACGGUAGUCUGGUGGAAGGCAGUCUGGUGGAUGAUGGGAAUGAAACAGCCACCCAGCCCACCACCACCACCCCUCCAAGCCAUGCAUCAAUGUCAGUGACACGCUGACAGGCUGGCAUGGGGCGAGGCAGGCGACCCUAGUGCUCUCCCCUGCUCCUCCACCCACAUGCCACUCAAUGUGAGAGGGAGCACACAGAGGAGAGGGAAUGAGGCCACAGCCUAUCAAAUAGGACAGAGCAAGAGAAUGACUCUUAUGGAGAGGGUCAUUUCUGUCAGAGGGUGUCGAGGAGAGACUGUUAUCAUGUCAAGUAGAAAUUACAAAUGGGCUGACAAAAAGUGAGAGGGUGUGUGUGUGUUUUAAUGUGUGUGUGCAGUAGGUUCCCAACCUUUUCCAGUUACUGUACCACCAAUUUAAUUUUGCUCUGCCGGGAGUACCCGUGAAGUACCCACUCAUGUACAUUA